ACAUUUCUUUUAGUUAGUAGCUGGCGUGGAAGUGGUUUAGUUGUGCUUGUUUGAUCUGCGGCAGUUUGUCGCUCCUAGUUUUCCUCUGUUUAACAAAGUGAUCUUACAAUUUGCAAUAAUUGCAAAAUCCAAUAUUCAAUUUAAACAAUAAAGAUUUGUGAAGAAAAAUUUAGAAAAUAAAUUAAGCGAAUAAAAUGAUGUCGCGAAAUAUGUUAGGCUCUUCGUCCCGUCUUAUGAGACAAUGUCGUUGCAAUGCUUCUACAUUAAAUUCCAAAGCUGCUCCCGCUACAGUUUCCGUGGUGCAAACGGAAAUGCCUGAUUGUGAUUUUCAGCCACCACAAUAUAAAGGGCCCAGCUAUGAUAAUAUCAAGGAAUUGAGAAAGAAUCAUUUGACACCCAAUAUGACAGCCUACUAUAAGAAGCCUUUGCUCAUGCACAGCGGUCAUAUGCAAUGGUUGUUCGAUCAUGAUGGCAAUCGUUAUUUAGAUAUGUUCGGAGGUAUUGUUACAGUAUCAGUGGGUCACUGUCAUCCCAAAGUUAACAAAGCCUUGGAGGAGCAAAUCAAGACCUUAUGGCACACCACCAACAUCUAUAUGCAUCCCAAAAUUCAUGAAUAUGCUCAACGUUUAACCGCAAAAUUCCCGGGUGACUUGAAGGCGGUUUAUUUUGUAAAUUCUGGUUCCGAAGCCAAUGAUUUGGCCAUGCUCAUGGCCCGUCUGCAUACCGGCAAUCAAGAUAUUCUGACUUUGCGCAAUUGUUAUCAUGGCAUGUCUCCCUAUACCAUGGGUUUGACAGCCCAUUCAACCUGGAGAUUCCCUUUGCCAGGAGUAGCCAAUAGCAUUCAUCAUGUUAUGAAUCCUGAUCCUUAUCUGGGCAUAUGGGGAGGCUCCAAAUGCCGUGACUCUCCCGUGCAGACAGAUCGUACAUGCGACUGCAACUCUGAGACGGGCUGCAAAGCUGCGGAUUUGUACUACAAUGAGUUGGAACAGACUUUCAAGUACUCUUUGCCGAGAGGUAGAGUGGCAGCCAUGUUUGCUGAAUCGAUUCAAGGUGUGGGAGGUACUGUACAAUUCCCCAAAGGCUAUAUAAAAAAGGCUGCAGAAUUAGUAAGGGCCAAUGGUGGUGUUUUUAUAUCGGAUGAGGUACAAACUGGCUUCGGCAGAACGGGCGAUCAUUUCUGGGGCUUUGAGGGUCAUGGUAUAGUGCCUGACAUAGUUACCAUGGCAAAGGGCAUUGGCAAUGGUUUCCCCAUGGCUGCUGUGGUCACCACUCCCAAAAUUGCCCAAUCCUUGGGCAUGGCUUUGCAUUUCAACACCUAUGGUGGCAAUCCCAUGGCCGGUGCUGUAGGCAUUGCUGUACUCGAUGUCAUCGAAGAGGAGCAACUGCAGAAGAACUCUUUGGAGGUGGGAACCUAUUUCCUCAAAAAGUUGGCUGAACUUAGGGAUAAAUAUGAGAUAAUUGGUGAUGUUCGUGGCAAGGGCCUUAUGAUUGGUGUCGAAUUGGUAUCGGAUCGCACGACCAAAGCUCCUUUGGGUGUUCCCCAUGUUUUGGAGAUUUGGGAAACUUGCAAAGACAUGGGAGUGUUGUUCGGACGUGGUGGACUUAAUGGCAAUAUCUUCCGUAUCAAACCUCCUAUGUGUAUUAAUAAGUCGGAUGUUAAAUUUGCAGUGGAUGUCUUAUCUAGAGCUAUUUCGGAAGUUUUGUCCAAAAACUAAAAUGAAAAACAAAACAAAAAGCAAAACUUUAAUCGAAAUCAUUUACAGAUUUAAAAUUAGAAUUUUUAAUUCGGUGCUUAAAUUCCUUUUUCUAGAUGUUAUCUUCCCUAUACAUUUCUAUUUUUGGCAGACAGUAGAACACCUGUACUUAUGUGGCAUUUAUGAAUAUUUUACACUCCUGCCAAUAAUCACUCUUUAUACAUUGUGGCAAUAAAAAAUUAAGUCUAUACAUAGCAAAAAAAAAAACACUUACUCUCUAACAAACAGCCCAGUAGAGCAUUCCACUAUCCUCAACCUAAGCUUCCCUAGGGUUCCCAAGUUGGAACAAAAAGUCGACUUUUAUCAAAAUAGCUAAAGUCGAUUUUUCCACUUACUUUUGCAAAAAGUCGACUUUUUGUAUUUAUCAAAGUUGAUUUUUAGAAAAAGUAGACUUUUCGAUUUUUUUUUUCAAAAAAUUCCAAAAUUAAAUUCUAAAUUAUUUUCUUCUGCUCACAAGUCUUCGUGAACUUUUUCCAUUAAGAUAUAAUCAUUUCUCUGUAUUAAGAAGAAUUUAAAAUGCAAAAUUGACACAUUUUUAUAUCAAAACCACCCCGCUAUCUUAAAACCAAUAUGGCCUAUUGCAAGUUUCCACAUUCCCGUUUUCUUUCCCCUUUUUAUACCCACCACCGUAGGCUGGGGGUAUUACACCUCGAACUACUGACCUACGACCCCAUAUAUUCUUGAUCGUCUGAAAAUUGUGAGUCGAUCCAGACAUGUUUGUCCGAUUUGGCUUUGAUUCGAUUUGAUCUGCGAUUUAGCCGAGCUAGCCA